UAUUACUAUAAUAUGAGUGGUGAAAAGUUUAAAAUUACAAAGGCAUUUAUUUGCUGGAGUAAUAUUGUUUUUAUGAUUUCGGGAGUAAUUUUAAUGUCCCUAGGAAUUUUAUUACUAAUUGACAACAAUAGAAUUCUGUUGUCUCGAUUGUUAAACACAAACGAAUCAGUGGUGAAGGAACCAAUUUUUUACUAUUUGGCGUUGAUUGUGAUAGGAGUGGGAUUUUUAAUAGCUUUGAGCGGGUUAUUGGGCUGCUGGGUUUCUUGUUUGGCAAAUAAUUGUGUCACUGUCCUGUAUAUGAUCAUCCUUAUAACUCUUAUGAUAAGCCAGUUGACAGUCUGCGUCCUCACAAUCUUUACUCCUAAUUUAAUUGGAGUUGACAUUAGAGUGGUGACUUUACUACGCACGUUGCAGCGCAACUACGGUCUACCGGGAAGACAACAGUUUACUGCAGCUUUAGAUCUUGCGCAAACUACGUUUUCAUGCUGCGGUAUUAACGGAAGCAACAAUUACGGGACAUCCUGGUGGCGAUUACAGGAAGUUGGUCGACGGAAUUUAGUUGUGCCGUUAACCUGCUGCCUCUUAAAUAAUACUAAUAAUUUUGACGCUUUUUUGAAUCCUGUUGUCAAAGAUUUGGAAACUUGUCAAACACUUAAUCCUGUUAAACAUCAACGUGCUAGACAUACUACGGGCUGCUUGGAAAAAAUAGAAGAAUGGACGCAAGAGCAAGCUUUGUUAUUACUAAUUAUUGGAUUAUCAAUAAUGUUCAUUGAAUUGUGCGCUCUGCUUUCCACGCUGAUGGGCUACAAAAGAAAAUCCGGUAAAUUGAGAAAAAAAUUAAACAAGAGUCAACACAAUAUAACAGCAGCAGCGUCAUUUACGUCCACCGAGACUUUAGGGAGAUCUUACCAAGACUGCCAAGAUGAGUUUGGGGGGUUCGAGAACCGGCAGAUGUGGCAAGAGGGCAGUCAUCAACAAAACCAAUGCCAUCAGUCAUCAUCAAGUCCCAAAAGUCUAAUCGAACAGUGGAGCUCUAAUUCCAUCAAACAGGAAACUUCAAUAGAAACUUUGUCGACAACUCCCCAGCACCACUCCUCUUACCAAGAGCGGGGAGUCGAUGUUCUUUUUACUGACCCAAAAAUUCGCCCCAGUACUAGUUCCCAAAAUUUAAGUGUAAAGCCCAAAAAUUUGGACCUUAUCAAAAUUUUUCAACACUCUGGCCCAAAAAAUAUAUUAAAAAAGCCUGGGCUUGAAUUUCCGAAUGAUAGUCAGUUUGUUCUUUCAUCAAAAUCAAAAACAGUAACAAGCAUUCCGAUUAAAAAUUUCAAAAAUUCACUUGCCCAAAAUUUUGGGACUCUCCGGCGAAUCAGGCCCAUUUUUCCUGAUCAACAUUACAAGGCCCAUGAAUCAUUGACCAACAAUAAUAAUAAUAAUAAUAAUAAUAAUAAUAAAUCCGUGAGCUCGCGAAAAUCUAAAAAGGCCCAAAAUACAAAUAAUAAAAAUAAUAAACACUCUUUAGAGCCUGCAGGCACCGUCAGCGCAAUGAUUGAAGUCUUUGAGGAUCACUUGCGCACAGAUCUCCCCCCCUCCAGUAAUUGGGCCCUACAGAAAAACAAGUUUGGCGUGCCCCUAGUGGGCAUGCACAACGCCUGCGGGCUCCCAAUUUUGGCCCACUGGCCGCAAAAUAAAGCCCCGAAAAAAAAAGUCAAGCGUCCGGCCCCAAAGCCUCCGAGAACCAAAAGACAGGCCCCAACAAUUUCUCAUGAAAAAAAUAUCCAAGAUCGUGAAAAUUUUUGUAGAAAUCAAAGCAACAAAAGGACUCCUCAAUUAAAGCAGUCAGAAAAUCAAAUUGAAUUUUCAAAGCCAAGCUGCAAUUCUGCUGGAGGCUUCUUGGGCCCUAAAAUUUCUUAUCAUCAAAAUCCUGAGGCGAAUUUUUUCCGAGCCAGUCAUCGGGCUCAAUUUCAUCGUCGAUCGGGCCCAAAAAUUCGGCCUCAUAAAAAAAAUUGUGGGGAUAAAAAUCAAGACCCAGUGGAUUUUUCAAGACCCAGAGCUGGAAGUUUAGGCUUUAUGCCUAAAAUAGAUCCUUAUCAAACAACGGACUCAAUAAAUCAAGCAAACUAUUGGAAUGGGAAAAAAUUUAAGCGAGCGACUGUCUACGCCAAGGACGACGGCAGCUCUCCUGUUGACGUCCUGUUGACAAACUUGUGUCUGAAUCCGAUGGCGCGGAACUCCACUUCAAAUAUGAUGUGCUGUAGUUAUAAAAAAUAA